UAAGAUGAAUCCAAUUUUAUUAAGUUUAUAUUAUAAUUCAAUAUACUUUUUACAUAAUUUGUAUUAAAAAAUGUUACUCUUUGACAAAAAAUAAUUAAAGUGAAAGAGUAUUAAGAAAUGAACAAAAUAGACCGGAUGGUAACUUCCUCAGGACCUUGCUCCGAACAACCAACCCCGGGUUCCAAGACCCAUUUGCCUGUAUUGCUUCCUUCGACCAUCCUCCACCGCCUCUUCCUGAUAGGCGACGCAACUCCAGCGCCAGGGAGCAGCCGGUUCCGGCCAGAGGCUGAACUCCAGAAGCCUGUCGCCGCCGGCUCGCCCCAGCCGCCAGUCCGCCACUUAUUUCGGGUAUAAACCCCUAAUUUUUCUAUUUGUUCUAUUUCUUCAAUUCAAACUUUAAGGGUUUUUAUGAGAUUGUGAUUAUUGUUUGUAUUUGGUUUAAUUGGAUAGGAUUUUUGAUAAAUGAUAAUUUAUUUUUGGCAUUUGUAAAUUUGGGGUUUAUUUUUUAGCCCUUCCCAACCCGUCUCCCAAGUCGGCACUCGAUCGGCAGAAAGUCCCAAAUUCCACCCUGUGUCGUUCUCUGGUUCUCGUCUUCUCGGUCCUCACCAAUCGGCAAUCACCAUCUCCCAUUUCUCAAACCGACGCCAUUCACGCCAAGAUCUAAUCGGCAAUCACCAUCUCCGUUCCGGCGUCUCUAAUCGGCAACCAUUCCGGUGUGCGACUUCCAGUUGUCUGGAUAACACUUUGCUCUAUCAGUCCAUGAAAAUGAUAUAAUCUUGAAUGUCAAGCUCCAAGUCAGCAAGCAUCGUGGGCCAAAGAUCAUAUGAAGUAAUCCAAUCUUUAAAUGUCUUUUUGUCAUUUCAAUAUCUGUGAAGCCUUUUUUCCUCAGUUACUUGCUCAUCAUGGUUUAAGUUUCUCUUAUGCGGAGUAUUUCAUUUUUGAGGAUUCAAUUGUGUUGUUAAUAGUAAGGCUAUAGAAGGAAAGUUCCAUAUGUUGGUAAAAGGCAAGGAAGCACUUUCUAAUUCUCUUUGAAGAACGAAGGUUAUUGGAAGUGUAGGAGUUGAGUUUGUGAAAAUAGGCAUAACAUGUUUGCUCUUAGGUUAAAAACUUUAUGGUUACGUUAUAAGUUAAAACAUGUGUGAAACGUCAAGACCUUGGUGAUUAAAUCUUUAGAAUCUCC